AUGUUCAACAAACUUGCUACAUUCCUUACACUCGCCUGCACUCUUUCGGCUGUCUUGCCGGCACCCAUCCAACGCCGUGAAGUCCCGCAAGAGCACUCACACGAACAAUUCCUGACCGCUGUGCGCACCAGCCUCAAUCUGAACAACCCCGAUGGUAUCGUUGAUCCCGUCUUUGCCCUCCUCGGGAAUGCUGCUGCACAACAAGGUCUCGGAAGGAUUGCAGAUCCUGACUGCCUCCAACUUGCCACUGCUGACCGGGCGUUCACCAACGCCAAGGCUGCAGGAGAUGUUGCUGGCCAGGUCGCUGCCCUGAUCUACCGUGCUCUCGAGCGCAACACUGGCGCUGUCGGGCAGGCCAGUGUUGCUUGCACAAGCAUCCAAGCUGUCAACCCGGAGAUUGCUGCCCUACAACAGCAUCAGGACCCCGCUUCGACGAAUGCCGCCGCCGUCAACAAGGCCAUUACCCUCGAGCUCGCCAGGCAAAUCGCUGCUGUCGGCGGUGAUCCGCAAGACGCCCUCAAGUCCGGCACCUUCGCACCUGGCGACUUGAAUGACGCCAGUGGCAGGGGGAAUACGUGCGACGACCUCGAUGAUCCCGUCGGCUGCAUCUUCACCAAGAACCUUCUUGUGCCUGACGCCACAGCUGCUGAAAUAGACGCUGCCAUUGCGGGCGUCAAUACCGGCAACAAUGGCGGUGACAACACGGGCAACAACGAGGAUACCGGGGCUGGAAAUGACAGUCAAUGCGCCCCUCCCACCACCGUCGUUGUGACCGUAACCGCUGAGGCUACACCAACUGCUGCUGCAACCACGACUGCUGCUGCCCAGGUCACAAAUGCACCCGCUACCUCUGGCAACCUCCAGCGGUUCAAUGGCGCCCUUGGUGGUGCUGCCGCCCCUAGCGUCACUCCUGGAGGUCGUGGAUUCCAGGUCGAGGGAUCUGACUCUUUCCUGAACAUUGCCGCUGCUCUUGGUCGCUCUUGCGAUAUUCAACACAACAGGUGCGCCAACCUCGCCAACUCUGCUGCUGGCAGGGCGGCAGGUCUCUCCGUCGGCCAAUGCGAUCAACAAAACAACGUCUGCCGCUCUCAAAUUUAA